AUGACCGACGCGGUGGUGGGCGGCAGCGCUGACCGGUGGAUGUGCCCCGGCGACAGGACCAUGUCUCUCCGGGCCGGCGGCGAGAAAGAGCAGCUCCCCACUGGCUGGGCAGCGCGGGGUGGCCAGCCCGACCGGCAGCGCAAGAGCGAGGAGCUGACGGACGAGGAGAAGGAGAUCAUCAACCGUGUCAUUGCCCGGGCCGAGAAGAUGGAGGAGAUGGAGCAAGAACGCAUCGGGUAAGUCUUAGAGAGGUCAGAGGCAGGCGUUCGGAAGCGCACGGCGGGUGAUGGCUCGGGCAACUGAUUUAUUCUAUGCGGGGGGCGGCUGGGGCCGCGGGGAUCUGCCUGCGUCGUCUGCGAGGACUGCAAGAAGAACGUCUGCACCAAGUGUGGGGUGGAGACCACCAACAGCCGGCCCCACGCCAUCGAUCGACAGGUGCGCCCCAGCCCCACCGAGCCCCCCCCCCAGGACCCGAAACUUCCCUCCCGAGCACCCACCCGAGGCCAGGCGGACGCCCCGGCCGAGCAGGACUCCGAUGAAGGGAGGGGCCCACCCUGCCGCCCCCCCGCCUCCCCGCAGCCCCCCGCCAUCCCGCCAGCGCCUGCUGCCCCGCUGCGGCAGCCACCCCAGGAGGAGGAGGAGGAGGAUGCCAACAGCUAUGACUCUGAUGAAGGCACGACGCUGGGAGCGCUGGAGUUCAGCCUGCUCUACGACCAGGAGAACAGCUCCCUGCACUGCACCCUCAUCAAGGCCAAAGGCUUAAAACCAAUGGACUCCAAUGGCCUGGCGGAUCCCUACGUCAAACUGCACCUCUUGCCCGGAGCCAGCAAGUCAAAUAAGCUGAGGACGAAGACGCUGCGCAACACCCGUAACCCUGUGUGGAACGAGACCCUGGUGUACCACGGCAUCACAGAUGAGGACAUGCAAAGGAAAACCCUCAGGAUCUCCGUGUGCGAUGAAGACAAAUUUGGCCACAAUGAGUUUAUUGGAGAAACUAGAGUUUCCUUGAAAAAACUCAAAGCCAAUCAGAAAAAGAACUUCAACAUCUGCUUGGAGAGAGUAAUACCCAUGAAGCGUGCUGGAACGACCGGCUCAUCCCGUGGGAUGGCACUGUACGAAGAGGAGGUAGAUCGUGGUGGGGAUGUGGAGGAGCGUGGGAAGAUCCUCGUGUCCCUCAUGUACAGCACCCAGCAGGGCGGCUUGAUUGUCGGCAUCGUCCGCUGUGUGCAUUUAGCAGCCAUGGACGCCAAUGGAUACUCGGACCCCUUCGUUAAACUUUGGCUGAAACCUGAUAUGGGAAAAAAGGCCAAGCAUAAGACGCAGAUUAAGAAGAAAACAUUGAAUCCCGAGUUUAAUGAGGAGUUCUUCUACGAUAUAAAACACAGCGAUCUGGCCAAGAAGUCACUGGACAUUUCUGUCUGGGAUUACGACAUCGGGAAAUCGAAUGAUUACAUCGGUGGCUGUCAGCUCGGCAUUACGGCUAAGGGGGAGCGCUUGAAACACUGGUAUGAAUGUUUGAAGAACAAGGACAAGAAGAUCGAACGCUGGCACACCCUCCAAAACGAGAACCACGUUGCCAGUGAUUAA